ACUUUAAACUACAAAAUGUUGAAACCUAAGGAUUUGAAAGAUGAUCUGCCUGGAUUCGAAGCCCCCAUUGAAGAAGACGAUGUGCAAAAUGAAACAAUUAUAAUUAAGAAAAAAAAGAAAGGAUCUGGCGGUUUUCAGUCCAUGGGAUUGAGCUUUCCUAUUAUCAAAGGCAUUACUAAGAGAGGCUACAAGCAACCUACGCCUAUCCAACGUAAGACAAUACCACUAGCACUAGAAGGUAAAGAUGUGGUGGCUAUGGCUCGGACAGGAUCAGGCAAGACAGCUUGCUUUGUGCUACCCAUAUUGGAGAAGCUUAUUUCUCCUACCAACAGGACACAACCAGGAAAGAACUUGAAAGCACUCAUUCUGUCUCCUACAAGAGAAUUAGCUUUGCAGACAUUAAGGUUUGUCCGUGAACUUGGCAAGUUUACUGGGCUGUCAUCAGCUGCAAUCCUCGGUGGAGAAUCCAUUGAGCAACAUUUCAGCAUCAUGUCUGGAACCACCCCGGAUAUAGUUGUCGCCACCCCAGGACGAUUCCUGCACAUUUGUAUUGAGAUGAAUUUAAAACUAGACAGUAUCAAGGUCAUAGUGUUCGAUGAAGCAGACCGACUUUUCGAACUCGGUUUUGGAGAGCAAUUACGAGAAAUAGUAGCGAGGCUACCCUCAAGUCGGCAAACUUUGCUAUUCUCCGCCACAUUACCAAAAAUGCUGGUAGAGUUUGCUAGAGCCGGUCUCACUGAUCCUGUGUUAAUAAGACUAGAUGUUGAUUGGAAGUUGCCUUCAAAUUUGUGGCUCGGGUGGAUAUAUGUACGUGCUGAAUUGAAAACAGCCGCUUUAUUAUUGUUAUUGGAUAAAGUACUUACAAGUAAAACACCACAGGCUGUUGUUUUUGCUGCUACUAAACAUCACGUGGAAUAUUUGCAUUUGAUCUUACAACAAGCUGGAAUAACAUCUACCUACGCGUACUCCGGCCUUGACCCUUCCGCUCGUAAGAUCGCCCUGGGCAAGUUCAUAAACAACAAAUGUUCAGUGCUUCUCGUGACUGACGUCGCAGCUAGAGGAUUAGAUUUGCCUGCUUUGGACACUGUUAUUAAUUAUAACUUUCCUGCUAAGCCGAAGUUGUUUGUCCAUAGAGUCGGACGCAGCGCGCGCGCUGGUCGGGCAGGCCGGGCAUUCUCGCUCGUCGCAGCUGAUGACGUCGCCCAUCUACUCGACUUGCAGUUGUUCCUCGGUGCCGAGUUGAAGACUCCAACGCAGGUAAAAGAAACGGGCUCGGCGUGUGAAAGCGGGGUGUGGGGCACCAUGCCUACCGGGCAGCUAGAACUACGUCACCAGGAUGUCGUGAAUUGGGAGAAGAUGUACUCCGAAAUCGAAGACGCAGCCCGCGUCUGUUCCCGCGGCUGGCAGCAAUACAUUAAAUGGCGCGAACCAGCUUCUGCCGAGGCCAACAAACGUGCCAAAAACACAUCAAUACCUACAAUGACUCAUCCGUUCUUGGUUGACGAGAGUAACAAUACUGCUAAUGAUCUUGUUCAGCAAAUUAAGAACUACACGCCGAAAGGGACUAUAUUGGAAUUGUCAGCAAAAAGUGAUUCACCAAUGUACAUGGCUAUGAAGGCAAAGAAACAGGCUCACGGCAAAGCGGUGCAGAAAACUAGAGACAAUAAAAAGUUACAGGCAGAAGGACUCUUAGUAAACGGCGAACCACAGCCGAAAGUGAAAUUAAAAAAUGCAUCAAAGAAGAAAAAAGAAGUCGUUCGGGACGAAAAUUAUAUUCCGCACUUUGCAAGUGAUCAGCAUACGGAAGUUGGCAUGGCAGUGAACUUCAACGCCGGCGCGUCGUCGGCGGAGCUAGAGCUGGGCGCGGACAGUGGCGAGGCGGCGCGUGCGCACAACAACCAGCUGCGCUGGGAUCGCAAGCGCAAGAAGAUGGUCCAUGUUGACCCUGACGGCGGCCGCAAAAUGAUCCGAACGGAGAGCGGCGGCCGCGUGCCGGCAUCCUUCCGCAGUGGCCGCUACGACGACUGGCGCAAGCGCAAUGCCCAGGCGGAGUUCAACUCUGACGACGAACAAACGCCCCGUGUUGGAGGAAAUAGGAAGAAAUCUGCUUCCGAAUUCCGACCUCACUGGAUGAAGCACAACGAGCGAAUAGCCAAGAAGAAAGCCACAGGCUCGUUGAAAGAAUUUCGUGACAAACAGCAGAUUGUUAAAGAACGUUUACGUAAGGAGAAGAUCAAACAGCGUCUGAAGCACAAAACACGGGGUAAAAAGAAGAAGAAAUAGUGCGCAUAUUGACAUGUGAAUAAAUAUGUUUAUUUUAAUAUUGUUUUUGUUUGUCCGGAUAAGAAAUAAUCGAAAUUG